UCUUGCCUACAGUUUUUGGAGCUAACUACAAGCAGACGAGUUUAAUUGUAAGCAAACGUGAGACAAUCAGACAAAUAAAAAAUUUACCGUGUCAUUUUCUAAGAGGAAACAGGUAUCGUUCGUCAUGGAAUUCUUGAAUGGGCAGUUUGAACGAGAUGACGUCUAUUUUCGCGAGACGAUGCAACUUUUGUCAGACUUUAAUUGGAUCUACAAGUGUCGCAAUACUGACAUUAUAGCCGAUGGCAUUUUACAUUUCAUUCCGGCCGAUUGGAUUCCCAUUUUACAACUGAAUUGCUUUGAAAAUAUCCAAAUGGCCAUCAAGGGUGAAAUCAAUCUUUCAUGGCCGCUGGAUCUUACGAAGUUUGUGAUAAGUUGCUGGCGUCUUUCUUUAAGAAUAAACUUGGCUCAAAAAGAAGAAGCCCUUUCAAAAUGGAAAAAAGUUAAUCCGAAAAAAAUUCACGAGGUCGUGAACUUCUCUCAACUUAUCGGCAAAAAAUGUGCAGAAAAAGAAAUCAAACAUGUUGUUGACAUUGGAGCUGGUCUGGGCUAUUUAGAUAAGGAACUAUCUGAUCGUUGUGACCUCCACGUCCUAGGACUGGAACGAGAUGCUUAUCGAGUUUUGGCGGCCAGUCAACGUGCAACUGCCGACACACCGGAAAAUGUGCCAACUCGAUGUCGUGCCAUUUUUAAAGAAUUGGCAGUAAAAUCCGAAGAUACUUUAGAAGACCAAAUAGAAUCUGUUGUUGCCAACUGGUUCGGUGAACUCAAAGUCGAGCACGAGCCAUCCCCGCCUCUCUGCAUGAUUGGUUUACAUUCCUGUGGCGAUUUGAGCCCUAUCAUGAUGAAAUUAUUUAUGAACAUCCGGCACUUCCAUUCUCUCCUGCUAGUGUCGUGCUGCUAUCAUCGUAUGGAUUGGAAAAAGGAGCCGGUCGAUGAUAACUUAUUUCCUCUCAGCAAUAGCCUUAAAAGCAAACAUUGUGAGCCGGAAGGCAUUCAAAAUCUCUUCCGUUUGGCCGCUCAGGAAACGCCAAAUCACUGGAUGCAGCAGAAUACUUUAAACUGUAAACGCCAAGCACAACACACCUUUUACCGAUCUCUAGUCCAACUUUAUGCUAAUCGAGAAGGAAUUCAGCUGCUAAAACAGCAAAGGAAACCAGUCAAAAUGCAAAACACAUCCGAUGGUUUUGAAGAGUACGUCGAUCAGGCUAUCCACGGAUUCGGCUUACCAGGACAAGUAGCAGAUCAUCGACAGAAACUUUUAAACAUUUACCAUUCAAACGCGCAUCUUUUAGCGGCACUGGAGACUCUUAUUGUGUUGCAAGUGCUACUUCAACCGGUUGCUGAAGCGUUGAUUCUCGUCGAUCGAGUGGUUUAUUUACGAGAGAACGGAAUCGAUGCUUCACUGCAACAAAUAUUUGAUGAUCGCAUAUCUCCACGUUGUUUUGUCACCCUGGCAGAGAAAUCAAAAUAAUCAUAAAUUUUUCAUAAAUCUAA